AUGUUCAAAAGAAUCAUGAAUUAAAGAUUUAAUUCUCACUCAGAUAUUUGCUAAUACUGUUAAAAUAAUGGUGUUACUUCUAAUGUUAGUAUUUUUGAACCUUAAAAGAAAAAAAUUAAUUAAUUAACUGAAGUCUGUAAUAAGCAAUCAAAUUCAUAAUUUUUACUUCAUUUAAGAGGUGGAGGAUGCGGAUAAGCUAAACCAAAAUAACAAAUUGAAGAAAAGCCAAUUACUGGUUUGCCUAAUGAUUUUUUGAUUAAGUUAGAAAAAUAUGUUAAUAUUAUUAAUACUAAAGCUUAACUUAUAACGGAUACUUCACAAAGAAAUGAAGUAAUAAUAGCAUUGUAAUGGUUUAUGCAUAAUAGAGAGCAUUUCAACACUUGUUGUGUAAACAAUAAUUUAACAUUAUCAAUAUAUACAAAAAUAUUGAAUUCAUUUAAGGAUUUGCUAAAAAUUCUUCCUGUUUAUUUAAGAGCUUCAUGGUUUUUAUGCUAUUAAAUUUUAUAAAUAUGUAAUGAAUUUUUGAGAAUUGUAUAUUCUUACUAAAUUCAAAAUGAAAAUGGAUAAUUGGAUUUAGCAAUGCAAUAAUAAUUCUUAGAGGAUUUAGAAGAAUUUAAGGAAUAAUUUGAAAUUGAAUAAACAAAUGUGUGGAAUACAGGUAUAGAAUAUGAAAUAACUCUUAUUAAAAUUAUGUUAAUGAAUUGUAAGACAAACUCACAAGAAGGAUAAAAUUUGUUAAUAGAUAUUGUAAAAAAUUUGGUAUAAUCAGCUUUAUAAUUAUCACCAACUGAAGACCUAAUCCCAAGUCUUAUUGAAGGAGCUAAAUUUUUAUUUUUAUAAUACAAAGAUAAAGUAUUAUAUCCUGAAGAUGUAUAUGCUACAUAUUAUCUAUUCUAAACUCUUAAAUGGUCUAUUGUGGCUCAAUUAAAAUAAUAGAAUUCAAUAAAUAAUUAAGUUAAAAAACUAAAAGAUGCAUUUUUAUAAUAUAUUUUAAAUUCAGAUAAUUGGAUUAUUCAUUAUAGUUGGAUAUCAAUGAUUGUUGAUUUAAUAGCAUAUAGACCAAUUAUUGAUAAAUUUUAAAUUCUUAAUGGUACUCCAAUAUAACAAUAAUCACUUUGGAACAAUUUAAUUGAAAAUAACGUAAUUUUUAGUCUUACAUAUAAUAGAAAUUAAGCAUCUAUUAUAUUAUUUCAAAAUCAAGGAAAAUAUUUUAGUAAAGAAAUAUAGAGUAUUAUUAAAUAAUAAGGUAUUCCUAAAUUUAAGUUACUAUCAGAAUCUCUUUUAAAAGGCUAGUUUACUCAAUAAAGUAAUAUUUGGGAUUUCUAUAAAAAUUUUUCAUUUAAGAAAAAGCAAUAAACAAUUAUAAGGGAUUAUGAAAUUAUUUUAGAAAAUAAUGAUUUAUUAUUAUUAGAGUAAUAAAUUGAAAAAUUUAAUGCUUAAUUAGAUGAAUUAGUUUUAUUGUAUUAAUAAAUCUAAGAAUCAUUUACUGAUUAUUUUACUUAAUCCAAUAUUACAUAAUUCGAAAUUAAAUUAUUUUAAGAUGAUUACUCUGUUUUUGCAAAAUAAUUUUUAGAUGCUUAUAAAUAGGCAUUAUAUCGUCUCAAUUUUAUUAUAGAAAAAUCUACUAUAGAAUAUGAAAAAUUAAAAUUACUUUGUCCUUACUUUCAAAAUAAUGAAAAAAAUGAAAAAUUAAAAACCAGUUUUUACAAUAUAUAGAAUUUGAUUAAUGUUAAAUUUUUAGCAUUAUAAAAAGAUUUUAUUUCAAAAUUUUUAAAAGUUAUAGAAUAUUUAAGUCAUCUCUCUGAAAUUAAUUUAAAUUCAAAAUCUAAAAAUUUAACUGAUUUAGAGAAUGUAAAUAACAAAUUUUAAAUAUCAAAUCUGUAGAGCUCGUAUAAAAGUUUAGAAUAAUCAUCAAUAUAAUAAUAGAUUGAUUAUUCAAUACUUUAAUAGUUCAUAAUAAAUAUUAAGGAAUUUUAAAAAAUGUUUUCUUUCUCAAUGUCAAAUAUUACAACUAAUGAUAAUAUUAUUAAUAUUAAAUCUGAUACAAUAUAAGCUAUGUCAAAUACUAUUUGCUCAGGGAAAUGGAUCAAAAUAAUAACGUAAUAACUUAGUAAUUGUUUUUCAGAUAGAUUUAUUUUAUGCCAAAAUGAUGUUAAAACUAUAUAAGAUAUUCAAAACAUCUACAUAAAUUGCAGUUUUAGCUUGUAAAUGUUGAAAUUAUUGAAAUAAUUCUAUUAAAUUCAUUAAUAUAAAAUUAAUACUUUUGACAAAACAAUUAAUGAGGAAAAGCUCUUAGCCAAUCAAGAAUAAGAAAAGUUUUAUCAAAAUUUAAAAUUAAUUAUAAUCAAGUAGUUAACAUAAUAAAAAGAUAAAAUCAGAUUAAUUCUAUAAUAAAAAGAUAUUGAUAAUGGUAGUAGUUUAAAUAAAGAAAAAACAAAAUAACUUCUUUAAUAAAUCAAGUCAGAUCAGACAGUAAUGCAAAAUUAAUAUGACAAUUUUGUAAGCAAAGAAAUUUAAGCAAUAAAAUCUUAAGUCUUAAUAUUUAUGCAAGAAGCUAGUUUAUUUAUUACUUUAUAAAAUUAAAAUGAACAUUAUGACCUUGAUGCUUUUAAAAGUUAGAUGGAAAAAUAUGAUAGUUUGAUAACUUAAAUUAAAGAUAAGUAAGGAGAAUUUUAUAAUACUCAACCUUAAGAGGAUAAGAGAACGUUUAAAAAUUGGAUAAGAGAAAAUAAAUAUUUAAAUUUCUGUCAUUUUUGUGUAAAUUAAGGCAUAAAAGAAGUAAAAUAUACAAAUAAAUUUUUUAAAAUAUUAGAAUAGAUGUUAGUCUUAAAUAUAAAUUAAAUUUAAUAGAUUGAAAAUCAAGAAAUUUAAGAACGUAUAGAUAACUUCAAUACAUAAAGAUAAUAAAUAGAAAGCAAAUUCAAAAUUUAAAACUAAAUUAUUAAAUUAAUCGAAAUUUUUAAAGAAAGUAUUUAGCAUGAUGAUUGCAAAUGUAUCAUAUAGAUUGAAUAAGAAAAUGAUUUAUAAAAUGAAUAAUAAAUUGAAUAAAUAGAUUCAACUUUACAAGAAACCUUAGAUUUCUUUAUAUUAAAAUAAAAUAGUUUAGAAACAAUAUCUUAAAAUUUAGACCCAAUAUACUUAAAUGUAAUGAAUAAUCUAAGCGAACAAGUAGUAAUUAAAAAAUCAAUAUUUGAUGUAUUUGAUUUUAACAAUGAUUAUAAGAUUAGAGAAUGCUUAGUUUAUAAUUUAAUAAAGCUUUAGUAAGGAAUAAAAGAAGAAUAAAUAGUAGAAUUUUCAUCAAAACUUAUUUAAUAUCUUUGGGUUUUUGAAAAAGAUUAAAGAGUAAGAAAUCUAUUAAAAAAUAAGGAAUUAAUUGAAAUGUAGAAACUUUUUUUUUCUUAAGAUAUCAAAACUAUGUCUGAAUCAAUUAAAUAAGAGAUGAGAUUUAGAAUUAAAAGUAUAGAAAAUAUUUCAUAAGAAUUACGACUUGAGGGUAAUGCUUCAAUUAAAGAGUAACUUAAAUAAUAACUUAUAUUAGCUUAUGAAGAACUUGAAUAAUAUAAUGAUAAUAUUACUGAAAUGUCUGAAAAAAUGGAUAUAAGUUUAAUAUUUUUAAAAGAUAUAUCAAAAGAUGUAAAAUAAAUAAAAAAUUAAAUUGAUAAUUUAUAAGAAAGUUUAAAUUAAGUAGGUGAUGAUAUUCGUAAAUUAAGAGGAAAAAGAUAUGAUGAAUUAUUAGAAAUUAGAAAAUAAAAAAUAUUAUUAUAAUCUAAAUUAGCAGAAGUAGAUUCUGUUUAUGUUUAAUUAAAAACUAUAGAAUUUAAUCCUGUUACUGGUUAAAGUAUAGCAUCAAAAGAUGGUUCAUACAUAUCUAAAUUAAUGAGUGAUUAAUUGGAUGAUUUUACAGGUGAAGUUAAUGAAUUUAUAUGGGAUGAAUCAAAAUAAAAUGAUGUAAUGUUACUUUCAGGAAAUGCUGGUUCUGGUAAAAGUAAAGCAGCAAGAAAAAUUGAAGAAUUUCUUUGGAAAUAAAAAGGAAUUCAAUCUAAAUGGAUUCCUAUCUUUGUAUCAUUACCAACUUUAAAAAAUCCUAAAUAUAAUUUAUUUGAAUAAGCUUUAGAAUCUGAAAAUUAUUAAUUUGAUAAAUAUUAACUUAGAGAAUUUAAAGAAGCUAUUUAAAAUAAAAAAGAAUCUAUUAUAUUAAUAUUAGAUAGUUAUGACGAAAUGAAAUAAGAUUGUAUUUAAUAAAAUCUUAUUAUUACAAAUAAACUAAUUAAUGAUUUAAAUAUUGAUGACCAUUAAAAAUAAGUCAAGAUAAUCAUUACAACUAGAAGAGAAAUAUUGAACACUUUAGGAUAUUAAACUUGGUUUUAUGGAUAUAGUAUAGGAAGUUUAAAAGAAGUAUAAAUCUAAGAUUUCGAUAAAGAUUAAAAAAGUGAUUAUUUAAUUUAAUAUACUGAACUCAGUGUAAAGAGAAAAAUAAGAGUUGUUUAUGAUUUCUUGAAACAGAUUUCAUAAUUAAGUUUUAAUUUAGAUGAAUUUUUAGCUAUAUGGCAAUAAAUUAAUAUACAAGUUUAACAAAGUAUUAAAAAUUCUCAUAAUACUUAAUCAGAAUAAAUUUUUGAAAAUUCUUAAAGGGAAGAAUUAAUCAAGAAAAUUUUAGAACAUUCUCCAUUUAAGUAAUUAAAGGUUGAAUAGAUUACAGGACUCAGAAAAGAUUUAUCAUCUUUAUGGAGUGUUUAUAAAUUUGAAAAGGCUAUAGAAAAUGUGGGUAUUUCUGAUUUAUUGUCAACUCCUUUUAUGUUGGAGAUUAUUGUCUAAGUAUUACCUAGUAUGGCAAAAUAAUAGUAAGGAUCUGGAGAUAUUAAAAAUAGAUUUGUUUAAAGCUAUCUUAAUUUAACAAAUAAAUUAUGCUUAUCUAAAAAAUUAAUAGAAAAUUAUAAAAUUAAUUUAGAUUAAAAAGAAACUAUUUAAGUAAUUCAACCAAUAUUUGAUAGUAAAAAAUCAAAAAUUAAGUAUGAUGAUUUUGUUGAUAAAUAUGAAUAAAAAACUAAAAGUGAUUAAAUUAUGGAUUUAUUGGAAAGUUUAAAGUUUUUUUAAACUUAUUCAAUAACUAGUAUUCUUAAAAUUGAUAACAAUAAUUUAUUAGUUGAUAAUAAAUCUUUUACACUUUAUAAUCAAGAUAUAGAAUGUGUGGUUUAAGCUUUGAAGAUGAAAAAAUAUACUAUAUUUGAGUUCUAUGACAGUUUCAUUCAUUUUUAUCAUGAGUAAUAAAUUUAAAAAUUAAGAGAAACUGGUAAAAUUUCAAAUUGGGAAAGUUUUUAAGUGGAUAUUUUAUAAUUUUCAUAAAAUUUAGCAAUUGAUAUGACAAUUAAUUAAUUAUCUUAAAUUACAUAUUAAUAAAAAGGUAAAUUGAAAUUAACAAAUAAUUAUAAUAAAUAUUAAGAUGAUAAUGUUUGGCUUGAUGAUUAUUUUAAUGAUUCAUAAUAGGAACUUGAUUAUAAUAAAUUAAUAAGAAGUUGUAUUCUCUUAAAUGCUAAAGGAAGUAACUAUUCAUUUACUCACAAAUCUAUUUAAGAAUUUUAUGUUGCUAAAUAUAUUUUAGAUUUGAGAUUUAACAGAUUGUUUAUGGGAAGUAUAAUGUAAAGAAAAACCAUUUUUAUAAAAAGAUAAAUAAAUAAAAUUAGUUGAAUUCUCUUCAAAUGGUAAAUUUAUUGCUUCAAAUGGAUAAGACAAUUUAGUAAUACUUUGGGAUUUUGAAAAUUAUAAAGAACUAGUAGCAUUGGAUGGCCAUUAAGAUGAAAUAUUAUCAGUUGCCUUUUCUCAUGAUUGUAAAACUUUAGCUUCAUCAAGUUAAGAUAAAACUAUAAAGUUAUGGGAUAUUUAAGAUCCAAAAUAAAAAUAAUUGAUAGUUUCUUUAAAUUAUCAUGACAAUCCAGUUACAGGAGUUAAAUAUGCUUUAGAUGGAAAAAAAAUAGUUUCAGUUGAUAAUGCAGGAUUUUUGAUGCAUUGCAAUUCUGAAAUUAUCUCGGAAAAACCAGAUGAUAUUAUAUUUUAGUAUUAAGAAGAAAUCUUGGUUUGCGUAUUAACUUAGGAUGAUAAAUUGAUUGCCUUAGCUUUAGAUGACUCCUGUAUUAAAUUAAUUGAAUUAAAAACUAAGAAUGAAAGAGUGUUAAUAGGUCAUACUGGAAAAAUUGCAGCAUUAGCUUUCAGUAAAAGUGGAAAUAGAUUAGUAUCUGCAUGUAACAACUUAUUAUUAUCAUGGGAUUUAAGAGAUGAUUGUAAAUGCUAAUUAUUGUCUUUUUAAGAAUAUGAAAUCUAAUAUAUAACCAUACCAAAUGAAAAAAAAUUAGUUAUUGGAGCAGAAACCUUUUUGGCUUAUGGAGAAUUUUAGUAUGAUAAUUCUGCUGAUUUUAAUAUUAUAGAAUAAUCCUUUCCUGUUUAGUUAUUUCCUAA